UCCGCGUGGAGCGUUGAGCUGCUUCCCUCCAUGCACGCGCACAGUGUUUUCAUUCUGCACUUAAAGGGUCGCGAGAGCAGGACGUUGACGAGGAGGAACAUUACCUACAAGGUUUUAUUUUCCUGUAAUAUCCCCCCCCCCCCCGGUGUGAUGUCAGUGUGCCGGACCGGUUUGCUGCUCGUGCUCCUGUGCGCGGUGGUUUUUUUUGCGGUGUCUCGCGCCCGCAGGAGUUCACCGGAGCUCGAGGAUGUUCAGGAGAAAAUCUACAGCGCGAGAUGCACGUCCAGGUGCCUCAGUCUGCACAUGAGCCAGCUGACUGCUGCCUUCAGACACCUACAGAGUGACCAAGUUCUGGUUUGGUGUGAAAACCACAGACGCUGCUCUCAGUGCCUUCAACCGUGCAAAGAACUGUGGGAAACCAGGAAGACGCUUUCUCCAAAGUCAUGUGAG